CACCCCAUCCCUGAGCUGGAGGCACUUGGAUGGGACCCACGUAAAGAGGAGGCGGAGUUUCUCCCUGAGCUAAUCGUAUUUGACCUCGACUUCACGCUGUGGUCCUGCUGGAUUGACACGCACACGAACGGGCCGCCGUACCGGCUCGCAGCAAACAACAAGGUGAAGGACCGGUACGGUGACACAAUGGAGCUGUUCUCGGACGUACCGCGAGUGCUAGACCUAAUCAUGCAGCUGCCCAACACGCGCAUCGGCAUAGCAUCACGGACCGACCGCGCCGAGUGGGCGAAGCAGAUCCAGUCGGACAUUGGAGUGAAGAAGAAAAAGAUGAUAGAAUGUAUUGACUUCAUGGAGAUCUAUCCGGGCUCAAAGGUGACGCAUUUCCGGAACCUGGCCUAGGGACUCGGGAGUGGAGUAUGAGCGUAUGAUAUUCUUUGAUGAUGAGGCCAGGAAUGCCGAGGUCGAGACGAAGCUGGGGGUGCGGUUCGUCCAUGUCGACGACGCGUUCGGGGUCAAUUGGAAUCUGUUCUUGCAGCAUCUGUGGAGCUAUGCUGAGCACCGCAAGCACAGGCAGUCGUAGACCUAGCAUGUUUUUUUGCGACGAUUGUCGGUCAUAUGACAUGGUCGUUGUGAUUCCAUAAAUAAUGCAUCUGGCCAGCCAAGCAUAUGUUGGAUACAUGUACAGGGUGGCGCCAUGUAUGGCUAUCACAUUCAC